UGGUCCGGAGCGGUGUGGCCAGGCCGCCCCACACCAGCCCAUCAGACCCGCCCCGACCCACCCCCAGCCGACUCGCGCCCCGGCGACACGCUCCCCGGCGCGGGCACCCCGUGCCCCUGCUGGCUCGCUCCGGGAGCUGCAGUGACGCGCGCGGGGCGGGCGCGCCCACGUGACCUCGUGUGUGUGUGUUCAGAUGAACGACGCGCGGCGCCGGGACUCGAACCCUGACUGACUGGGACGGCUCGUUGUCGCCGGCCCGGCGCGGGCCACCCGACCAGCACUAUGUGAGGGGGAGUGAGUCGAGCGUUGGCAGCGGGCCUGGGCCUGGGGUGUGGGGCCUCCGCCCCAGCCCGCGGCCCAGCCCCCGGCCCAGCCCCCGGCCCAGCCCCCGGCCCAGCCCCCGACCCAGCCCACACCCUAGCCCUCGGCCGGGCCACCGCCGCGCGUGGGCGGCCGCGCUGCGCUCCGAGGAGGAGGACAGCGACGAGGACAUGAGGAGUCCCCGGGCCGCGGCGCCGCGGCUGGCGUCGCCCGCCUCCACCUGCACGGCGUCCACGUCGUGCUCGUCCUCCACGCCGACCUUCCGGCGCGUGCCGCUGGGCGCGCUGACCCGCGAGGCCAGCAUCAGCAUCACCGACUUCCCGGACACGUUCCAGGACUUCUUUGCGCGCCUCAGCGAGGACGCGGCGGACGAGGACGCCGACUGCGGGCUGGCCGUCAUGGAGAACAAGCUCAUACCGCAGCCCUGCGCCAGCCCUGCCCCCAGCCCCGCGCCCAGCCCGGUGCCCAGCCCCGCCCCCCUGCCGCGCCAGCGCAGCACGACCACGGCCUCGGCGCCCACCUCGGCGCAGGCGGCCGCGGCCACCAGGCGCACCCAGGUCCUCGCGCGCCGGUCGUUCCACCGCCGGCAGGCUGCCGCGGCCGCGGCCGCCGCCCUCAUUCCGUUGGCCGCGACGGCGUCCCCCGGGCGGCACAAGCACCAGGGCGCGGCGCGCGCCGACUCGGACUGCUCCCUGCUGCUGCAGUCACCCGCGGUGGCUAACGCGGCCACGCGCAGGAGGUCGUCUUCCAUCGCGGUGCCGAGGCCGCCGCCGGACGUGCACCGCUUCCUGCAGACCGAGCAGCAGUGGGCGCGCAAGUCGCCCUCACAUAGCCUCGGGGUCAGCCCGGGCGCCAGCCCCGGCGCCAGCCCCGGGCACAGCGCCAGCGGGGGCGGCUCGGCGGCCGCGCUGCCCCAGACGCCGGGCCGCGGCGCGAGGGCGUCCGUCGGCAGCGCGACGCCAUCGGAGACCACCAGCAGCUACCGCAACCGCACCGCCUCCAUGCCGGCCGCCGUGCCGCGGCACCGGCCCAUGCUGGCGCAGACGCGGCGCAGCGCGGGGCCGGGCGGCGCGGCCGAGGGCGAGACGAGCACCCACAGCGGCCCGGCCGAGUACUACCGCCUGCGCUCCUUCUCCAUCACGCCCAGCGGCAUCUUCAACCUCGGCGACUCGUUCCGCUCGCGGCGCUCGCGCUCCAACGGCUCGGUCGCCUCCACCACCUCCUCCAACAGCGACGACCCCCGGGAGGGGCGCGAACGCCUGCCCAGCGGCGCGUCCGUGGCCAGCGUGGACGGCGUGGGGCCGGCGGGGUCCGCGGCGGGCGCCCAGGACGCCCCCAGGGUGCCCUGCUUCAAAGUGGCCAUGCUCGGGGCGUCGGGCGUCGGCAAGACCACGCUCACCUACCAGUUCACCACGUCCGAAUACAUCUGCGCGUACGACACCUCGCUGGACGAGGAGUUUGGCCAGAAGACGGUGUCGGUGUUGCUCGACGGCCAGGAGUCUGACCUGGAGAUCGUGGACCAUCCGGCCGCGGAGAUGUCGGCCGAGGCGUUCUGCGCCACGUACAACCCGGACGUGUUCGUGGUGGUGUACUCGGUCGUGGAGCGGCGCACGUUCCAGACGGCUGAGGACAUCCUGCUGUUCCUGUGGAAGUCGGAGUACAUGACGACGCGCGGCGUGGUGCUGGUCGGCAACAAGGCCGACCUGGAGCGCAAGCGGGAGGUGUCCACCUCAGGUAAGUAG